CCUCAUUCCUGCUUUAGGAUCCCGUCCCCCGGUCACUACCGGCGCAGGAGGUAAUCGAUUGUGCGAAGGGUGUGGUCAGUUUAUUUUGAAACUCGUGGUCCCGGAGAAAAAGACCUGGUUUUCGGUCCAUACGACCCUACAGCAGACCAACAACCCACAGCGAGACUGACUGCUGUCAAGCGCCCACCUGAUCUGAACCAGAGCCGCCGUCCGUAUCUGCCUUGGGCGGGAUGCCAACCGUCCAGCUGCAGCGACAGCAGCAGGAGGUGUGGGAUACUGCUUCCAGACCUACGAUCGGCCAGCGCCUGGACUGCCUGGACGUGUUCUUAGACUAUCGGACAAACCAGACAGCAUCAGUGUGGCGGCCGGCCGUGGUGAUCGAUCUAAGAACGGACGCCACCCUACAGAUAAAGGUGCGCUUCCAAGAUUAUUUUUCGUCCGUGAGCGACAAGUGGGUUUUGUGGCCGCUGGAACGGAACCAGUUGGCGUUUCUUGGGACAGGAGGCAGCCGCACACCCACAGAUCUCGGCUACAUGCCGUACGACAGGGCGGCCGUGCGUAGUGCCACGGACUCGGGCGGUGGUGGCACCGGUAGCGCUAACAGUGGUUGGACUGACGGCAGUCCCCCCGGCAGCUCCAUCUCCGGCGGCGGCGGCGGCGGCGGCGGCAGCUGUGGGUCGUCGCCCGCCGGGGGGACGGCGGCGGCGACGGUAGCGAGGAGGAAAGGGUUCGGCCGCUUCAAGGUGUUCGGCGCGAUGAAGAGCCUCUUGCGUCCACAAGCAGACGCGGAGCGCGCUAAGAACGGCGGCGGCAACUCUUCCUCCGAGCGAGGCACCCCGACUCCUCCUUUCGCCAUGAGCCCGGCCCCCUCGUACUCCCCUACAAACCCCGUUGGGGGAAGGGUCGUUGCCAGCGGCGGCGACGGCCGCUGCCGCGGCGGCGGGGAGGGGGGAACGGCGGCCCAAGAAGCGACCCUAGCGGCGCUCCUUUCGGGAGAACACGAGGGGCUGUUCCGUGAAGAGAAUGUGGACGGCGACUACCAGGGUGACGGCGAGGAGGUGAAGAGCUGCCGGCCGAGCUGGCUGGAGGAGGAUAAGAAGGGCGAGGAGGAGAAAAGCUGCCGGCCGGGCUGGCUGGAGGGGCGGGGGAAGGAGGAUACGAGGUGGUUGGAGGGGGGGCGGGAGUGCAAGCAGCCGGAUGAAGGCGUGGAAGAAUCAAGGUCUCCUUCAUUCGUUUUCCCUCGAGCCCCGGGGGGGGGCACCACAGAGGGGACGGUAUCCCCCCCUGCAAGCACUAACAACAUCCCCCCUCGCCGGCUUCCUUCCACCGAGGAGGGCCAAGCUCCGUCGUCGUUGCUGGCGGGGGGUAGCGGCAGCCGCGAUGCUGAAGCGAUGGCGGCGGCGAGGGCGGCGGCAAUGGAGGCGGCAGCGACGGAAGCAGCCGCGGCUACAUUCGCGGCAAGGCAGCGAGGGAAGGGGUGGCGGACGAAGAUCAAGCGCCGAAGCCGGCGGCGAGAUCAAGGACCUCAGGGAGGCUUCGCUGCUGCAGGGACCGAAGCCGGAGCCGCGGAGUCUCAAGGCCCCUCGCCGAUUCUAAGCCCCGUCGCCGCCGCCGCCGCCGCCGGGAGUGUCGAGGCCGCAGCGGAAGCUGCGGCACCGGUGGGGUUGACGGCGCUUGGCCUUUCCCCCGGCGCGGCGGGGGGGGGAGGCGAGAGGCCGUUGCAGGGGGAGGGUUCCGGGGCCUCGGAGGAAGAGGCAGCGGUGACGCGCUUGACGGAGAUGUCGCGGGCGGCGCAAUCGGUGCGCGAGCUCACUCCGCACUUGGUGGAGGAGUUGGACGGGGGCGGCGGCGGUUUCACUCUCACGGUGUUCAAGUACAACAAGCAGGACCAAGUUCCUACCCCCCUGGUGUGCGGGAAGUUUGCUACGUCUUAUGAGGCCGACAGAGCCGCGGAGACUUUUUCCUCGCCCGUGUGGCACGAGCCCACACCGAACUCCACAUGCGCGGAGUGCCAGUCGUCGUUUCGCCCCGUCUUUCAGCGUCGAAAGCACCACUGCCGCAACUGCGGCCGCCUCGUGUGCACGACCUGCGCGUGGCGCUUCUGGCCCAAGCACAUGCUCCCGCACUCGUACAGGACAAGCAGCACGGAGAGGAGAGUGCGAGUGUGCCGCACGUGCUACUCUGUCGGCAAGUCCUUCCGUCGAGCGCUUUUGCGAGGGUCUUACCAGGGAGCGAUGGAGGCCUACGGCACCGGCUGCGUCAACCUGCGGGCUCCGUUCAGCGACAGGGAGCUACCGGUACACUGCGCCGCCGCCGGAGGCAACGUGAGCCUGAUGAUGUGGCUUGUGGAGGAUCGCUGCUGCCCGAUAUUCAUGGACGAUGAGAAAACUAUGCCCCACCUGGAUGGGGCGGGAAGGAGCGUGAUGGCCGCAGCCGCUGACAGCGGCCGGGUGGAGAUGAUGCGCUACCUUUCCUUCACCCAGCCGUCAGCUGCGUCGGGCAUGGGCAUGGCUCCGUUCUGGCGCGGGCUGCAGGCAUGCCUGAGGAACGACGAAGACAAGCAUGACGACGACCGCGGCCGCGGCCGCGACAGGGCUCCCCUUGAGGNUGGGUACAUGGGAACGUCGCAUCCCGAACCAAAGGAACGGGGUGGCAGCCGAGACGCAGGCGGCGACGAUGACGGCGGGAAGAGCUGCUACCCCGUAGGCAGCAGCGCCGACCGCAGCCCGGCCUGGCGCAGCAACACGCCCAGCUCCGCCGUAGGCGGUGGCAAUGGUAGCAGCGGCGUCGAAGGAAGCGACACUUUUCUUGACACUUCUUUUGUUGGGAUGAGGGCGGGAGCCGGCGGCGGCGGCGGCACCGGCGACCGUGACCCCUUCCAAGCGGCGCUUGAGAUGUCCGUCGCCGAAGCCGGCUACUCGAUCUACGAGUUGACGAGCGGGAAGGGCGGCCGUGGCGGGGACGGCGGCGGCGGCGGUGGCGGCAUGAACGGGAAAAACGCCUGCAUCGUGUGCUUCGACCGGCCGGUCAACUGCACCUUCAUGCCUUGCGGCCACCACUGCUGCUGCAUGCCCUGCGCGGAGUCAAUGUUUAACCUCUGCCCCGUCUGUCGCGUCGCCAUCGACAAGAAGAUCAAGACCAUCAGUGCCUAGUGCGGGGACCGCGCCGCCAUCGACAAGAAAAUCAAGACCAUCAGUGCCGAGUGGGGGCGGGGCCCGCCAUCUACAAGAAAGUUAAGACUAACGGUGCCCAGUUGGCCCCCCUGUCUGCGACGCCGCUGCCGACUAGAUAAUAUUGACCAUCAGCAGUGCCUAGUGGGGAACCCCUGUCUGCGGCCCCGCUAUCGCCGAGAACAUCGAGACCAUCAGGGCCUUCUGUAGUGGAGACCCCCCCCUUCGGCGGCGCCAUCAUCAGCAAGAAUAUCAAGACCAUCGGUGCCUAGUGAGUCCCUUGUCUGCGGCGCCGAUACCGACAAGCAAUCCAAGACCAUUGGCGCCCCCCACCCGAAACGAUCGAUGUUCGUCUGCGGAAAACGUGCAGCAGCAGCAGGCGAAUGCUCGAUCUCGUGGGUUAAUUUUUUUUAUUUUUUCAUGUUGCGUGCGGGGCGGCGAGAAAGACCAGCUACAAAAAGCGUCUGGUCGGUGUACGAGCCGAAGUUGGCUCUGCAAUGUUUUAGUCCGCAUUUUUGUUUUUGCCAUCUGAGUAUGGAUUCCCAUGAAGCAACGCUCGUACGUGCACCUUGCUGUCGCAGUACAUGUAUUCUCGCCUGUAGCCUGAUUUUGUGAAGGCCACAUGUUUACAUAUUUCCCGGAACAGUUUUUGUUAUCAUACACAUGUGUAUGUGUAUCGCAUGCACGUAUCACGACAGCGUUCACGUGUACAAUACCGGCAUUUACGUUAUCUGUCUGUUGCCGUUGAUUGGCGUGGUUGAUGUUGGCGUCGUUCGUGAUGUUGGUUUUUCUUCCCGUUACAGCCGUUUCCCGGCCGAAGCCCAGUACUUUUUUGCCGCCAGUACUGGCUCGAUGGACACAUUCCACGUGUGUAGAAAUGUAUCGUGGUAGAUGUGUAUAUAUCGUCUCUUGUUCGGAUGCGGAGUGAGACCGCAUUGAGCGGUGGGGAGAACAUUGUAUUUGGAGUGCCGCAGACCUGAGGCGGACGGCGUUUGGGUUGUGAUUGCCCGCGGCCUUUCUCGACUGGGGAGAGGAACCUCCACGUCUUUUUGGAUUGUAUUUUCCUGCGGUAUGCUGGUAGGGAAUGUAAUACACGUGCGAUCUUGCUUGUUGCCAUUGCAGCAGAGCACACUCGGCCAUUGCGCCCUGCUUCGGAGACUGCGUGCCCUAGGGUGAGGGACGACGCGGGGAAUAACGCGUAGACCUAUGGCACGGCACAGCAAGCAGUGACGUUUCUCAAGAGUUUUUUUUUUUUGCAUCCAUCGACAACGCAGACCGACUGACCAAUGGAAGUAUAAUAAGUCAGUCUCGGUGCGGCUACAACCGGGCGGCGAAAGACGGUUACAUCGGAACGCAAACCGGGGGGCAUUGGGAAGGCUAGGCUACUAUCCGUACUAAAGGAACGGUAGCAGGCAGGGUUUGUUUGUGCGGCGGUCGAUCCCGGUUAUCUUGAACGGCAAAAAACUACACGGAAAAUUCGAUUUUUUGUUCUGGAUUCAUCAGCCACGGGUAAAAUUGGAGAAUACACGCAAGGCUUUUAUUUUUUCUGUUUGGUACUUGUUUUUCUUCUCCCUGGUUCGGCGAUGCUUGCCUUAUCUUUGCCUUGACAAGGGCUGAGCAGUUCCUGUGCCGCGGGUGUGCUGGUACAUGGAUCUUUUUUUUGCGUGUGCGUGUAUUGUGUCCCAUGAUCAUGUCAGGAUGCCCUUCUUGCUGCUGGCCAGGGAGAGGGUAGCCGCGAAGAUGGUCGUGAUGUUUACAGCCUCGUUACUGAUUCGGCGGCAAUUGUCGGCAGGAGAGUUUACGAAACGAGAGAGGGCAGAAGGUGGCGACGUACAUAGGUGUGGGUGAUGGUUACUCCAACCUCUUAAACAGUUCUUUGAAGGUUGUUCGAUUCC